UUUGCCCUCCUGGAGGUGAUGGGGUCCCUACUGAGAAUUCGCCCUCUAAGGAAGCCAUGUUUUAGAAUGAUUGUCAAGUGGUCAGACUGCUGCUUGCCCUUAGCUUGCAGACCUGGGGAGCCUUAUCAGUUAAUUGCCCAAGCCAGCGUGGACGACUUCAGCAAGCUGGGGGUGGCGUUCCUGGAAGAGAGACUCCAGAUAGCCCAUGGACUGGCACCCCAAAAGAUCAUCUCGGUGCACUUGCACGAUUCCACGCUCAAGGAACUGAAGGGUCAGGCCUCACACACGCAAGCCCCCACCCUGCCGCUGAGCCCCACAGCUUUCGGGAAGAGUCAGCCUCAGCCAGACGGUAUGGAGCACAUGGUCAAAGAUGAGCCCCAGGUCAGGCCGGGGCCCAGGGACGCCCCUGGGAGCGAGCCUGCUGGGGAGAGCAAUCGGGGAGCAGGCUCUACUGAGCACUGUCACUUACAUCUGUCCAGUUGCCACGAGUGUCUGGAGCUUGAGAACAGUACCAUUGAGUCCGUCAAGUUUGCAUCUGCAGAGAACAUUCCAGAUCUUCCCUAUGAUUACAGCAAUGGCCAUUUGGAGGAUAUUGGUGAUACCAUCUGCCCAGAGAGAGAAGGGAAGAGAGUCAACAUCACAGGAAAGGCCCCCAACAUCCUGGUCUAUGUGGGCUCUGACUCCCAGGAGACGCCAGGCAGGUUCCAGCAGGUGCAGUCCCUCCUGGCUGACUGCGUGGAGCCAGACUGCUACACGCUCUACCACCUCUCUGAGGACAGCGCUCUCCAAGACCCGUGGCCGGACAACUGUCUGCUUUUGGUCAUUGCUACCCGCGAGGCUGUUCCUGAAGACCUGAGCCAGAGGUUCCUGGCCUACCUUGCUCAGGGCGGCAAGGUGUUGGGCCUGUCUUCACCCUUCACCUUUGGGGGCUUGAAGGUGACAAGCAGGGGCGCCUCGCAGGAGACCGUCCAGAACGUGGUUUUCUCCAAAGCCGACCUGAGCCAGGUGAAGCUCAGCGUCCUGGGCAGUGGCUGCGUUUACGAAGAGGGCCCUGGGGAGAGGCCCAGCCUGGGCAAGCUCCAGGGCCGCCUGGAUGGUGAGGAAGAGGACAGGCUAAUUGUGCAAGUGCCUUUCGGGACAUGUGGAGGAGAAGCUGUUCUCUGUCAGGUGCACUUGGAGCUCCCGCCUGGCACUUCCCUCGUGCGCACACAGGAAGACUUUGACCUGCUCAAAGCCAGCAAUGCCAGGCGCUACGAAGUCCUCGAGGAGAUCCUGACGGCCCUCGGCGUGAGCUGUGACGUCGGACACCUUCCUGCCUUAACACCGCUGCACCUGCUGUGUGCCGCACAGGAAAUCCAGGAUCCUCUUAAGCAAUGGCUCAGGGAUCAUGUGGAUCCUGAAGGGGUCAUAAAAUCCAGCAAGCUCUCCCUUAAGUUCGUUUCAUCGUUUACAUCCGAAAUGGAGAUCACCCCGUCCGCCAUCCCUGUGGUCACUGACCCUGAAGACUUCUCAUCGGAAAACUUCAACUUGGAGCUCUACCGGCAACAUUUGCAGACAAGGCAACUGGGAAAAGUGAUUCUGUUCGCUGAAGUGACCACCACCACGAUGAAUCUCCUGGAAGGGUUGAUGUUCAAGAUGCCGCAGGACAUGGGCCUCAUCGCCAUCGCUGGCCGCCAGACGCAGGGCAGAGGGCGGGGACGGAACGCUUGGCUGAGCCCCCUGGGGUCUGCUGUCACCACACUGCUGGUCUCCAUCCCCCUGAGGUCCCCGCUGGGGCAGAGGAUCCCGUUCGUGCAGCACCUGAUGUCCCUGGCCGUGGUGGAGGCAGUGCGGUCCCUCCCUGGGUACCAGGAUAUCAACUUACGAGUGAAGUGGCCCAACGAUAUUUAUUACGGGGACCUCAUGAAGCUUGGCGGAGUUCUGGUCAACUCAACCCUCAUGGGAGAGACGUUCUAUAUACUUAUUGGCUGUGGAUUCAACGUGACCAACAGCAACCCCACCAUCUGCAUCAAUGACCUGGUCUCUGAGCACAACAAACAGCAGGGGGCCGACCUGCCGCCCCUGCGGGUGGACUGCCUCCUCGCCAGGGCCGUGACCCAGCUGGAGACGCUGAUCGAUUCGUUCCAGGACAAAGGGCCCGACGGCAUCCUUCCCCUUUAUUAUAAAUACUGGGUGCACAGUGCUCAGCGUGUCCGGCUGGGCAGCGCUGAGGGGCCGGAGGUGUCGGUGGUGGGCCUGGACGACUCGGGGUACCUGCAGGUGCACCAGGAGGGCGGCCAGGUAGAGACGGUGCACCCCGACGGGAACUCCUUCGACAUGCUGAGGAACCUCAUCCUCCCCAAGCAGCGCUAGUCCCAGCCCCCAGGCACCUUCACAGUGUGAGGGGAGGGUUGGGACCCAACCCCUGUUCCAGCCCACGGUUCUGCAAAAGCAAAAUGGCACGUGGAGGUGAACUUUUACUCCCUCUGACAGGAAUCUGAUCAUUUUUCCGCUGGCUUCUGUGGGGGUCAUCUUGGUGGUGGAAGGUUUUCUCGGGCAGAAGGCGCCGAGGCCACGCAUGGGGCAGGCUUAGGCUUGGCACAGCCCGAGCUAGGUGGGGAGUAUUGCUCCCUUCUUGGACUGGGAGGUGUGUUUACGGUUCUCCUCCUGCCCCCCAAAUGUUUGUAUGUGGAAACAGCAGUGGAAUCAUUCAAAUUAUUUUUCCAGCAGUAGCAACCUUUAUCCCUAGACUAAGACAAAUAAAGCCAAAAAGCUCCAGGACCCAGGCCAGUUUGCCAUUUUGUGCCCUCGCUUAGAAGCAGCCAGGGAAGUGUUUUCCAGUGGGACAUAUACUGGCACUUUGUAGUUGUUUUAAUUUUUGUUAGUGAAGCAAAGAGAAAGUGACCUACUCUAAGGGCGCUUGGUGGUUCAACCCCACUAUCUCCGCGGUUGCAGAGGCACAUCCCACUGGUACGGUGACCGUGACCUUGGCGAGGAAACCAGUUAAUUUGACAUUAUUUUAUGAGCGCGCUUUUCAUAAGUUAACCUCAUAUUCUAAAGUGAUGGGUGAAGCUGAAGGUCCGUAGUGCUGAUGAAGCAUUGCUUGGAUGUGGGGAGGAGCCUGCGCUGUGCCCGCUGGGGCUGAUGUCUCCCUCUCCCACACCGCUGCGGAGACCCGGGGCCUUCAGGCCAGUUCCAGGCUCGCUUUGAAAUAUGGGGCGCAAGACUGCGGUACAGAGUAGAGAAGAACCUGGCAUUUCCUUGUAAAUCAUAACUUUUGGCCUCAUUUUUUCCUAUAUUGCCAAGAUAAAAAUGUUACUGAUACUAAUGCCAUCGUUGGCCAGGGGUGUGUGUGCGCACGCCGGGCGUGUGAAGCUUGAGAAGAUGUUCAAAAUCUGAUGCCCUAAAAGUCUCCCUGGAAGAACAAAAGGAAGGAAGCCUUUGAUCUGCACAUGCUAUUUCCAGAUGUCCUCAUGCCUCUCCAUGCACUCCUAUCUCUGUGGAAGUUGGGAAUCACAUUACUCCUCAGCCUUAAAAGACCCGUUUUUGUCCACUUUUCUGUCUUCUUGUCAGUCCCAACUGAAAUCAAUGGAGAAAAAAAAAAAAUACUCCCUGGAGCUCUCAGCUUUGAACAGAACCCCCUCAGUGCACCCCAGCCCCAUCUUUAUCCAGCCCUCACCCAGCCCAGCUAGUUCCAGAAACUUGUGGUUUUCAGUAUAAAUUCCGUCUACCUUUAGCCAAGCACAGAGCGCCCCAUAGGAAGCAAAAAAAUAACAUGUUUAGUUAAGUACACCAAACCAAUAUGUGUUUUUUGGAAAUGAAACUUUAAAAGAACUUCAAAAGUAAUUUUUGCAAAUAAGGCUUCAAUUAGAAUUAGUUUUCUUAAAAAAAAAAAAAAAAAGUCUCUGUCUCCCAAAUGCUCAAGCCUUCUUUGGGAAUUAGUGGCAAGUUUAAAUAAAUGUCCACACCACCCCCAAAUUACGAAAUGGACUCCCUCUCAGCAGGGCGUCUGCAAAAUAUCACCAGGAAGAACCAUCUCCCUGUGAAUGUCGCAAGUUUAAUUUCUCAAACUUUGUAAUAUAAGGCAAGUCAUCGCUCAGAGCUGCCAUCACUGCCUUCUGUGCCUCUUUUGGGGGGUUUUUUAAAAUGAAAAACAUGCUAUGUUUUGUUUUAAGCUGAAGUCCUAUUCUAGACAGUUCUCCUUUGGGGGAAAAUGUUAUCAUUUAAUUUCCUUUCGGUAAAUUAAAACUAAUGAGGUGUGGCUGUGUCACAGCGGAUGGAGAUGUUUCGGUGUACCGCUUUGCUCUGUGCUUCUAAGACUUACCCGUCUCGACACCCGGUUGUCCUGUGCAAGACUAAACAGACCUGAGGCCAAUGCUGCAUUUUUCAUCAACCUGAUUUUUGCUUCAGAUGAACCAAAGACUUUUAAAUGCUGCUUCAUAUAGAGCAGCUGGAGAAAGGCAUUUUACCUGUAGCUGUUAGCAUUAAGGAAACUUUUCUAUUUGCUACACUGUAGUCAUCGAUCUGGGGCAUUUAUGUGCCUGGAAAUCUGUGAUCAAGGAGCUUUACAGUCUUAACAGAAGCUUUGCAUUUUCUUCUCCAUCUGGAAACUCAGCAAUUAAACUCAGGAUUGGCGUGUGCCGUUAGGACACUGAACUGUCUCCAGCUUAGAGGCUGUGCACUGAGAAUCUGUUGGGUUCUGUAGAAGACAAGACAUCCUUCUGGGCAGACUAUGGGAACUCAAGGGGAAGUGAACCCUAAAAUAGGACAGCAAUGUCUGGGCUUCGUGGGGUCCCGGCUGAGCUGUGCUCCCCAGCGCGGGGCACCUUGGCAGCUUUCAAAGGGAGUGGUCAGAGCAGAAAGAAUUUGGGUCCAGCAUAAAAUAGUGUGUUUGCUGUUCAGCUGCUGAUUUUGCCUGAUGUGGGAGCAAGUAGCUCCAACAGGGGUUGGGCACACAGGCCCAGGUGGGGGUUGCAGGCAGCCCCCAGCCCCCAACUCCCACGUACACACAUGCGCGCACACACACAUGCACUCACAUGGGUCACCUCCACCCUUGAGUCAAACCAGGAGACAAGACAGCCCCAUCCAACAGUUUCAGAAUGAAAAGGGAGAUAUUUCAGGCUUACAUCCUGUCGAUCUGUUCGCUCAACAGACAGAAAAUGGAGAAACCUUUUUCCUGGAUAAUUACUAUGCAUAUUUGAAAUAAAAAUGUAAACCUUUGCAUUUUUAGCUUUUCAAAGAACUGUCUUUGAAAAGUAUUUUAAACCAAUGCCUAUAAAAGCAAGUUUACCAAAAUAAAC